AGCAGUUGAUCAACAGGUUUGCGCACAGCCAAAAGCCAGGACAUCCAGCUCCUACCACGCUCCUCGCAAUCUGUUUCACACCGGUCAAGUGAGAGCGCUAAUUGAAUUGCACUCGCGCCAGUAAACUCACUUAUAAACGCUAUUUCAUGUCGGAAAAAAUUCUAUAAAAGAGUGCGCUGCAAACCCGAAAUAAAAUUGUAAAAUUCUGGCCGCAGUUUCCGCUGGCUUCAACAAUAAUUCGCACGCUAAAAUCGCACGGAGAUAUAUAGUCAGCCAUGGCUCACAAUAAGACGCGGAGAAGUUACGGCUUUCUGAUGGUGCUCCUCAUCCUGGGCAGUGCUUGCGGCAGCUUGGUGGCCAGUGGCAGUGCGGCCAACUCAGCCUCCAAUGAACCAGGCGGCGGAGGCCUCUCCGAACAGGUGGUACUGGAUCAACUUAGCGAGAGCGACCUGUACGGCAACAACAAGCGCGCAUGGCAGUCGCUGCAGAGCUCCUGGGGCAAGCGGUCAUCCAGCGGAGACGCCAGCGAUCCGGACAUCUACAUGACCGGUCACUUUGUUCCGCUGGUAAUCACGGAUGGCACCAACACCAUCGAUUGGGACACCUUCGAAAGGCUGGCCAGUGGACAACCCGCGCAGCAGCAGCAACAGCCGCUCCAGCAGCAAUCGCAGUCUGGCGAGGAUUUCGACGAUGUCGCAGGAGACUCGGACGUGGAGAAGCGCGCCUGGAAGAGCAUGAACGUGGCCUGGGGAAAGAGGAGGCAGGCGCAGGGCUGGAACAAGUUCAGGGGCGCCUGGGGCAAGCGCGAGCCCACCUGGAACAACCUGAAGGGCAUGUGGGGCAAGCGCGACCAGUGGCAGAAGCUCCACGGCGGCUGGGGCAAGCGCUCCCAGUUGCCCAGCAACUAAUCCCGCACCGGAUCGUCGUAGCACAGGCAAACUUAACCAGACUAAAUAAUCCAAUCCACCUGUAUCUAACCGUAUAUAGCACGUGUGUUUCCUCCGCGAAGGGGUUCCGUUCCGUUCUCAGUGUCCAAGUCGCAUUAGGUAGUCCGGAGUUUCGCCCGGUCCCGUGCCACUGAAAGUCAAUUCCGAAAAUGUAUGAAAGCGCUCGCCAGUCACCGGAUCAGCCAGUAUUAUACGCAUUACAUACACGAAUCGGUAUGUCUAGUCAACUAUGUAUCUACUCUAGCACCUAGUCUCCACGUAUACAAGAGGAACUUUCGGAAGAAUACCGCUUUAAUUUAGAAACGUUAACUAAGUUAAUGAAUUGUGCAUAUAUCUUUAUACUUAAAUAUACAUCAGUACAUACCAAAUGGCAACUAUCAAUACGAAAUACAAAUACGUUGAAAGUA